AAGACCAGCUCCAACAUGAUCCGAGUGUUCGUCAGCUCCACGUUCACAGAUAUGAGCAGCGAGAGGAAGGCCCUGCUGGAGAGAGCUUACCCAGAAGUCCUUGCUUUCUGUCGCAGCCUGGGGCUGCUGCUCGAGGUGGUGGAUCUGCGUUGGGGGAUUCGGAGCAGCUGGUCUGGAGACCACGAGGACUGUGAGAUAUUCCUGCAGGAGAUCAGGAGCUGUCAGAGGGUUUCUGCCGGUCCAGCUUUCAUCGCUCUCCUGGGGAACAGGUACGGCCACAGGGCGAUUCCUCGCCUCAUCCCAGAGAAGCUGUUUGAGGCUCUUUUGUCCAAACUGUCCAAGAACCCAGAGGGCGUCAAGCAGCUGAAUCGGUGGUUCUUAAAAGACAACAAUGCUGUCCCGCCCACCUACGUCCUCCAGCCAAUCACGGCUCACUUCCCCCACUACAGCGACCUCCGACCUGAGAACGGGCCGCAGCGCGACAACGACGUCCUUUCCUGGCGUUUCACAGAGACUCAACUGUUGCAGCUCCUACGCUCCGCCGCCACAGAUGCUGAGGCAGCCGGUGACAUCACAGCCGAGCAGAAACAACACUUCUACACAUCAGUCACAGAGCGAGAGUUCGAGCAGGGUUUGUGGAAGGACGUCAGCGAGUCGUCGGCUCUGCUCUUUGUCCGAGAGAUCCCCCGCCAGAGGGUGAGGGACGGUCCGAAGCGUCUCGCCAAGUACAUGGACCUGACUGCAGAUGGCCUGCUGGACGCACAAGCUCAGGGACUCCUCACGGACCUCAAGUCCCGCCUCUACGCCACGUUCCAGAGGAUCCUCAACCUGCACUGUGUGGAGCUCAGCAAAGGAAACAUCGAGCCCAAACGCAGAGAGCACGCUCAGUACCUGGACAGCGUCUGCGAGCAGUUCGUCUCACAGAUGAAGGCAAGGAUCGGAGCGGCGGUAGAUUCGUCGGUGGAGGGGAGGGGUAGGAAGAUUUGGGGAAGCGCUGAGGAAGAACAGCAGGAGAUCUCAGACCGGGUGGUCGAGGAGGUUGGACGACAUGCUGCUGUGAGCGCCGAGCUGUGCAGGGGUCUCUACGGCAGGGAGGGGCUUCUGGGUAAGCUCUGCUUCGCCAUGUGGGAGUCCACCAAUGUCCGUCACGGCCCGCUGGUGGUGCACGGGGCCGCGGGGAUGGGUAAGACGGCUCUGCUGUGCAAACUGGCGCAGGAGAUUCGUAGCGUGCUGGAGGCCGGGGCGGUGGUGGUGAUCAGGCUGCUGUCGGCCGAUCAUCCUCAGAGACCCGACAUCGACCACGUCCUCCGCAGCGUCUGUCUCCAGAUCUGUUUGGCUUGUGGUUUGGCUCCGCCCUCACCGCUGACGGCCAACAGUCACCCGGAGCUGCUCCGGUUCUUCGGGAACGUUCUGACCGAGGUUUCCAAGCAAGGGAACACACUGCUCAUCAUCUUGGACGCUCUGGAUCAGGUUUCAGACCGACACUGCGCUCACAAACUCCGCUGGCUGCCGACCGACAUCCCGCCCAAUGUUCACCUGGUGGUUUCCAUGGAUACCAACAGCGAGGUGUUCGCUAACGUGCGGCUGAAGUUGGAGACUUUGAGAAACAUCUUUGAAGUGGAGCGUUUGUCUCGUGACGAAGGAAAACAGAUCAUGGAGUCGUACCUGCGAGCCUCUCGGCGAACUCUGACGCCCGAGCAGAGCGACGGCGUGCUGCGGAGCUUCGAGCUCACCGGCUGUCCUCUGCACCUCAAACUGAUUCUGUCUGCAGCCAGACGCUGGACGUCCUUCACCCCUCUCGCGGACGUACAACUGGGCGCCAGCACGCAGGCGAUGAUGUCACAGCUCUUCCUGAUGCUGGAGAAGAAACAUGGGAAGGAGCUGGUGGGCGGGGCCUUAGGAUACAUCACUCUGGCCAGGGGGGGUCUGCUGGAGGCGGAGCUGCGUGAUGUCAUGUCUCUGGAUGAUGUCGUCAUCAGUGAGGCGUACAGGCACUCCCUCCCUCCGACCCCGUCGUUGAUCCGGCUGCCCCCCCUCCUCUGGGCUCGACUCAGACGGGACCUCGAGGAUCAUCUGGAGGAGCGCUGGACGGGCGGGGUUGCCGCCAUCGCCUUCAACAACCGGCGUCUGUCGGAGGCGGUUUCAGCUCGGUAUCUGACAUCAGAGCGGCGGGGGCGGAGCCUCAGGAUCCUGGCAGAGUACUUCUUGGGUCAGUGGGCGGGGAAACUGAAGCCGGUGGCUCUGCCCGGCCUGUCGCUGCUCCUCUCUGACAGAAAGGUCCCACCCCAGCCGUUGUGGUUUGCUCCAGGAUUGGCUAACGUCAGGAAGCUCCAGGAGCUGCCCUAUCACCUGCUGCAUGCUGGUCUGUGGGACGAGCUGCGACAGGAAGUCAUCGGCUGUGCUGAGUGGCUCUACUGUAAGAGCAGAGUGUGCGGGGUGUCCAGUGUGAUCCAGGACCUGGACCAGUCCUCUCAGUACAUGGACUGCACUGAGACCAGACUGAUCAGAGACACUCUGGUCCUGAUGAAACCCAGUCUGGAUUUCCUGGGCGGUAACAUGGACAUGUCUUUGUUCCACACCGAGCUGUUGGCCAGACUCUGCUCCUUGGCCGCGCCUUUCCCCUCUGUGAUUGGUCGGCUGUGUGGCCAAUGUGAGGAGUGGUUGCUGACGUGUCCGGAGCCCAUCCUCCUUCCUAAGUGCAGCUUCCUGCAGCAGCCAGGGGGGGCGCUACGCCACACACUGACCGGACUGCAGGGAGGUGUCCUCUGUGUGGACUUCAGCGCGGAGGCGGAGCUUCUGGUGGCAGGUUCGGAUGACGGCGUGGUGGCGGUGUGGAGCCUCGCUGACCAGCAGCUCGUCCGCUCACUGCUGGGACACACAGGUGCAGUUCUGUGCGUCAGACUGAUUGACAGCUCCACCCGCUGUCUCUCAUUGGCUGCUGACGGCUCUCUGAGGAGGUGGAGCCUGAAGGACGGCCAACAGCUUCUCUGUAUCCAGGAGGCGGUGCCUGUUGACUCCGCUCCUGCAUCGGCACACCUCCACCUGUCCGAGCAGAGUCAGCGGCUCUUUGUUUACACCAGCACACAGGUGAAGGUGUGGACGCCGGAGGGCGCUGAGCUCCUCGGCAGCAGCAGUGACGAAGGCUCGGUGGUUCUGGGAGUUCUGGGAGAGUCUGUAGUUUCUCUGUGUGAUUCUGGUCUGUUCAGAGUUUCUCAUCCUGUUAGUGGGACUCAAACUGUGGAGACUCAGCUGGAAAACCCACCCAGACGUUUGACUCCUGUGAACUCUGUUACGUUACCCAAACACGGGAAAGUGUUGAUGGUUUCUGGAGAAGGAUUCCUCUAUCAGGUCUCCAGGACGGGCAGACUGACGGCCGCUGAGUUUCCUCUGGUUCCUUCUUUGCUUUCAGUUACUGAAGAUGAAAAAAUCCUGAUCGCAGCCAGCGAUCGGACUCUGAGCCUCUUCACCGUCGACGGAGACUCUGUGGACGGAUUCCUCGACCUCCAACACGACGACAGCGUUUUGUCCGUCUGCGUCUCAUCAGACCGCCGGCUGCUCGCCUCCGGAGCCGCCGACCAGCUCAUACGGAUCUGGUCGGUGACCACCGGCGCUCUGCUGGACGCUCUGUGCGGUUCAGACGCUCCCGUCACCGCCGUCGUUCUGUUUAACGGCUUCGUGGUUUCGGCCUCGACGGCCGCGGCCUGCGUCCGCGUGUGGAGCCUGAGCUACGACGCCCGCCACAAACCCACCGCCCACAUCCCUGCAGGCUGCGCCCACGUCGCCGUCACCAAGGACGCGGAUCGAGUUUUCUACGUCCGACAACAGAGCCAGACAGAAGUGGUCAGCUGGAACAACCUCACAGGUUCUCCAUCGGAGCGCUUGGCGGUCUCUGCUGAGGUUUGCUGUCUGGAGUUAGCGCAGCACAAACAGCUGCUGCUCUGCGGUCUGACCACGGGCACCGUCCUCAUCUACCCUUUAGCCCUGCCUCAGGAGACGCUCUGCAUCCCCCCUCCCGAGAGCCUGUCCAGGGUGCUCUGCCUGGCCGUCAGCCCCAACGAGAAGCUCAUGGCGGUGGCCUACGAGGACUCCGUGAGUCUGUUCGAGAUCACGACCAGAGACAGCUUCCCCACGGUGGAGGGACCCCUGGUGGGGUUCCCCCUGCCCCUCCUCCACGCCCCGCCGUCCUCCAUGGCCCUGCUGUCCGACCGCAGGCUGCUGUACGGGACGAGCUGCGGGGAGGUGAAGCUCCAUGACUUCAGCGGCGGCAGCGGCUCCGGUCUGGAGCCCCAUCGCAGCAGGGUGACCUGCGUGACGGCCAGUAACUGGGGGACCCACGCUCUGGUGGGCUCCGAGGACGCCGUUCAGAGGCUGUGGGCUCUGACCCCGCUGGUCCUGGACCACACCAUGGAGUACAAGGGUUUCUUCUUCGAGGGCGUCCUCUCCGCUGCUUUCUCCGACAGCGACCAGUUCGUCUUCACGGGAUCUCAGGACAGAACCGUCAAAGUCUGGGACGUCUCCACAGGACACCUGCUGUACGUUCAGUACGUCUACUCGCCCGUCGUCAGGAUGGUGACCUACAGGAACGGCUUCGUGGCGUUGUCGCAGCAGGGCUCCGUCAUCAGAGAGGUGUUUCGCUGUCCGGACCACAUCAGUCCGGACUACAACCCUCUGAGGAACGUCAAGGCCCAGUACCGGGUCGUCUCCAGGGAGAAGAACCGGGACGGCCAGCAGAGCUCCGCGUCCGACCUCCAGGACUUCAACCCGGCCCAGUUCAACCUGAGCCUCAUGAACGUGCUCAAAGCCAAACCCUCCUCUACCUGCCUCAUACUGUAG